UGGAUGACUUUGUCUUGCUGUCCACGAAGAGUACGACGCAACACACGAGCGGCAUGAAUUCCCUAAGUGUCUGCUUGGUCCUGGUUCUCUUCGUCGUGGCGACAUCAGCACGACAGAGCUUCUUAUGCAGUAUGGACGACAAGGCGCUUCAGCAACAACUGGAUUGCCACAGACAGUUUGCAAGGGUGGAGAUGCGCAGGCAACUUGAUCGAGUCAACGCGGAGUUGAAAUGCAAAGACGACUUAUGCAGCAUUCGCUAUCUUUGCCGUUUUGCAAACACGGAGGAAGCCCUGCGCCAGGUUUUCUCGUGGUAUCAGUUGAGUCAAUUUCAUCAGUUGGUCAAUCGCUGCAUACACGGAGUUCAAGCUGCUCGUCCAGGCUUCGGCAGAUGGCGUGGAUAAUGCUUGCCGGCUGAAGUCAAGUUAUGACUUAGGGUUGGACCAGAAAGCGCAGGAGAAAAAUAUACCGGCCGCGCAGGUUGUAACAAUUAUACAAGAUUAAUUCACGUAUGAAAUAAACUGGUGUGAUUAAUGACAAGGUUUGAAUUUGUCAGAUCUCGGUGUUCAAAAAAAAAAAAAAAAAAAAAGAAGCAAUACUUAAAAAUUGGCUAACAAAGAGAGCGUAGGAACACUGCUUUUCUUCUGUUGGUUUUGGUGUUGAAUUAUCACAUUAAAGAAAGUAAAAAAAAAUAAAAUAAGUUUUCCGGUAACGUAGAAUUUAUAUCGCGUUUUGGAUCUUUGAAGUGGACGUAUAAAUCCCUUCUUAACGUAUCACCAUUACAAUUCACCAACUGUUGCACCCGUAGGUAUUUUUGUUAAUAUGUAAAAUAUGACCUCAAUUAAGUAAAAAAAUAGUUUUUGUUUUCGUUCGGCCGACCCAGUUAAGCAAUGUUUGGCGAAUUCACGCAUAAAAAUGUUGGUAGCUCUAUCAGUCAUGUGGCAAAAAACGUAUUGAAAAAAAAAAAUUCAAUUUUUUUUGUUUUAUUUUUUUAAUUUUUUUUAAAAUGAACUCAACAGAUGCUCACCAUGCUAUUUUAUUGAUUUGCAUGAGCUAGGCUACGCUUAUGGAAAAUAUGUUUAAAUGUAUAUUCUUACGCCUGUGAACUUAUCGUCCGAUAUAUUCACGAAAGAUAAAUUUAAUUUUAACUUUAUGCUAAAUUUUAUGGGAUUAUGUUAAAAAAAUAUUUACCCGGUCCCUUCAAAGAGCCAUCGUGCCAUCGAGUCCACCCAGUAAUAAACAAUAACGAUGGAAGACCAUAAUACACUAAUAUUUCAGGUGGUAAUAAAUAGUAACGCAUGUCUAAGAAAACACUCAAAAACCAUUCCGUGGAUACGGAGAAGUUUCAGUCACUUAAACAAUUGGAAGGGGCUUUCCGAAUAAUUAAACAGGAGUUCGGGUUAAAAAAUUUGAUUUUAUCCGAAGCAUUGAACUGUGUAUGAAACGAAUGUUGAAUAAAAUCAAAUGUUUGUCUGGCAAGCCUUAUUUGCCUACA